GGCACGCUGGGACGCCGCAUGGUACGAAUUCGCGAACACCAUAGCUGCAGAUCCCAGCCCCAGCCAGCUAUUCUCUGCGUUCCGAUACGUACUUGCCUGGAAUAUGGAGAAUUAUUGACGGCGGUUGUGAGGCGGUGGGCUCAACGGUCGACGUUCAAUCUAAUGUCUCGCCUCCAGGAACUGUGACAGUGGGACUGCAAGUACACACACACACGCACACAAACAGUCUAUCAAAAGUCCAACUAGACACGGUCAAUUGCGCCGUUGACAGAGACCAGGCCACAUCUUUCUGCACGAGACCACCAAAGGCAUUCGCGAUACAGAGUCGAAACUCAAUAUAUCAACCGAGCGGAUAAAUUGCACAUUCGGCCAGAGCGACGAGGGAGUCUGGGUACCAUGAACCAGUCAUUCUCAGUGCAGCCAUUCAUUGGCAAAAAGCACAACAAGAAAUCGAAUUCUCAUCGAUGGUGUCCAUGAACACUUCUACUCGCAUCAUGCCGCGGCUCUCCACAGACUGACAGACACA